AUACUCCCAUCUCUAACGUGAUAGCAACAUUUAAAUUAACAGUGCAGUAGUGGAAACACACUAAUUUUUUCGGCAUUAAAAUCUAAAUUAAAAUUCCCCGAAGCUGUUAUCUUCUUUAUAAGGUUGACCUCAGUCGAAGUGCGGAAUUCGGAGACAAAACAGUGCGCGGAAAUGGAGCUGACUGGAUGGGUGAAGAACUACGACUGGGGCCGCAGGGGCAUCAACUCGGCGGUGGCCCAGCUGGCCAUGGCCAAUGACCCGGACUUCCGGCUGAACGAGGAGGAGCCCUACGCAGAGAUGUGGAUGGGCACGCAUGUGUGCGGCGUGUCCGUGGUCAAGGAAACCGGCGAGACCCUCGACCGGGUGCUGAAGCAGGACCUGUCCUACCUCUUCAAAGUGCUGAGCAUCAACAAGGCGCUCAGCAUCCAGGUGCAUCCCAACAAGUGCGAGGCGGAGCGGCUGCACAAGGAGCGCCCGGAGAUCUACAAGGAUCCCAACCACAAGCCGGAGCUGGCCAUUGCCCUGACGCCCUUCCUGGCGCUGGUGGGCUUCCAGCCGGCCAGUGACAUCCGGGACUACAUCGACGAGUUCCAGCCGCUGAGUAAAUUGAUUGGCGCCGAGGCUGUGGAUAAGCUCCACGAGUCACCCGAUGGCCAGAGUGUUAAGCUGUGCUACGAGAAGCUCAUGAAGACCGAGGAGUCGGAGAUAGCCAAGUGCAUCAGUGAAAUUGCCAAGGAUUACCAGAAGGAACUGAAGUCCAACGAUCUGCUCGAGGUGUUCACCAAGAUCAACAAGGACUUCCCCGGCGACGUGGGCGUGCUGUCGCUGUUCUUCCUCAACCUGAUCCGCCUGCAGCCCGGCCAGGCCAUCUACCUGGGCGCCAACGAGAUCCACGCCUACCUGGACGGCGACUGCGUGGAGUGCAUGGCCUGCUCGGACAAUGUGAUUCGCGCCGGCCUCACUCCCAAGUACAAGGAUGUGGACCAACUGCUCAACUCUGUGAUCUUCGACAGCGCAGAAAACGAACGCAAGACCUUCAUUCCGUACCGCAUCGACGAGCAGGUCCAGGUGUAUAUUCCCCCAGUGUCGGACUUCGCCGUGAUAAACGUGAACAUUGACCACUCCCUGGAGUCCUACAAGCUGGCAAUCCAAGCCUUUGGCUCCAUACUGAUCGUCCUGAAGGGAUCCCGCACCCUGAAGCUGAAAACAAAGGACGGCAACAAGGCGAUUGUGGUCACUCGCGGCAGCAUAGUGUACAUUCCCGUCGAGGCGGCGCCGGAAAUCGAGUUCGCCCAGGCCGAAGAUUGCGACGAAGACUUCAGCGGGUACAUAGCAACCAGCAACUACUUUCGAGUGCCCUAAAAUUCUCAGUUAAUCCUAAUCGUUUGUAAAGUGCAAUAAACCCAUAAACACACA